UCCCCAUGUUCAUCUUGAUGGAUGAGACCUCCAUCUACUGGUCACCAAGACACAUGAGGUCAUCCUGAACUCCUCACCUCCACAUCUCAUCUCCUCAAAAACUUCUACAUUAUUAUCUAAAUAUCUCUAAAAUCUGCCACUUUUGUCCACCCACACUAUCACAGCCAUCCUCUCCCCCAGACUACUACAACCCACACUGGGUGCCUCUCGUGUGUUUAAAUGGCUUUCUAAAACAUUCGACUUUCUCCCUCCAUCUGAAAAUCCUUCAGUGGGCUCCCUGCUGCCUUUGGGGCCAAAUCCCAGCUCGCACAAGGCCUUCUGGGCCCGUGGGCCGGACUCCCUCUCUAAACUCAUCUCCUGUCACUCAGCCUAUAGGGCCCCGAGGCGCAGAACUUCCUCACACCUGCGGGCCUGGGCUCAGGACCCAGACCAAGCGAAGGAAGCGACUCUUCUUGGGGGAAGCCUUCCCUGCUGACGGCGCUGCCUCCUCUGCUCCCGCUGAGCCUGAUUUUACAUCAUUACUGACAGUCCGGUGGCCUGUCCCCCGAGUGGCUGGGGGCGCCUGAAGGAAGUGCUGUAAUUUCAAGGUGUCUUUGGGGGUCACUGCUGCGUCAGAGAGAGGAGACUGACGAGGUAGUCCCAGGGAGGCAGAAGGGGAGCCAGGAGCCGGUCCUAGGAGCCAACGGAUGAGUGUUCAGGGUGUUCCGCUGCGUCAGCGAGGCCCGAACCGCCCUCGGGAGGAGGAGCCUAGGGUCCAGCGCCGCGCAAGCCGCCCUCGUUCCCACCAAGGGGCACUGAGGACUCUGCGCCCGAGGACCUGGCAAGGGUCGCAGAGCUAGGUCUCACCCAGCUGCCCUCCCAGGCGAGCUUCUCUCUGGGCGUCUGCAUCGAGCGGAAGUGGCGGGGACGCUCGCCAAGCCGCUGAGCCAGGGGCCUGGGGUCCGAGGCCCCGCAGGAGAGCCGGCACUCUUUCUGCGCAGGCGUGUCGCUCAGGCCGGGAGGGGCGGGGUCUGGGAGGGGCGGGGGCGGAGCCAGUUCCCGGGCCCGCCUCCCCUAGCUCCCCGAGCCGCCGAGCGCUGGGCGCCCCGGCUAUUCUAGGGGCUUCAGGUGAGCUGGGGGCGCUGAGGGGUCCGGAGACCUCCCUCGAGGUCGGGCCGUCGGUCUGACCGCGGGCCCAUCUGCCUGCCGUCUGCCAACAGCCGCCUCCGCGGAGAAUGGGAGAACAAAGGGAGGGGGCGGUUCUGGGGCCCCUGAGGGAAACCAGGGUCCCAGGGCCUCCGCCCUGCCCGCUGACACUUUCGGUUUCUCCCCGAGUCAGACGCGCCGCCCUGGAGACCCUGGGCCGGCGGUGGGCGCAGCUGCCUCUCCGCGUUUGCCUGUCCGUCUUUGUGUCUGUCUCUGUGUCUGUCUGGCUGUCUCCGAGCUUGCCUCCACUUCUAGAACUAAGCCUCCGGGACACCGACAUCCCGCGAACCCUCCCCCGUCUCCCAUGGCAGGCUACAUACCCCCCAAGGGCUACGCCCCUUCGCCCCCACCUCCCUACCCUGUGACCGCUGGGUACCCGGAGCCGGCGCUGCAUCCUGGGCCCGGGCCCAGCCAGGCGCCAGUGCCUGCCCACGUGCCUGCCCCUGCGCCCGGCUUUGCUCUCUUCCCCUCGCCCGGCCCUGCGGCCCCGGGGCCAGCUGCCCCCUUCUUGCCAGUGCCCGGGGUGCCUUUCGGCCUCGAAUUCCUGGUGCAGAUUGAUCAGAUCUUGAUUCACCAGAAGGCUGAGCGGGUGGAAACGCUCCUGGGCUGGGAGACCUGUAACCGGUACGAACUGCGCUCGGGGGCCGGACAGCCCCUAGGUCAGGCGGCAGAGGAGAGCAACUGCUGCGCUCGUCUGUGCUGUGGCGCCCGUCGGCCCCUGCGAGUCCGCCUGGUGGACCCCGGGGACCGAGAGGUGCUCCGCCUGCUCCGCCCUCUCCACUGUGGCUGCAGCUGCUGUCCGUGCGGCCUCCAGGAGAUGGAAGUACAGUCUCCACCCGGCACCACCAUUGGCCAUGUUCUACAGACCUGGCAUCCCUUCCUCCCCAAGUUCUCCAUUCAGGAUGCUGAUCGCCAGACGGUCUUGCGAGUAGUGGGCCCCUGCUGGACCUGUGGCUGUGGCACAGACACCAACUUUGAGGUGAAGACCCCGGACGAAUCCCGCAGCGUAGGCCGCAUCAGCAAGCAGUGGGGCGGGCUGCUCCGAGAGGCCCUCACCGACGCCGAUGACUUCGGCCUGCAGUUCCCGCUGGACCUGGACGUGAGGGUGAAGGCUGUGCUGCUGGGCGCCACAUUCCUCAUUGACUACAUGUUCUUCGAGAAGCGAGGAGGCGCCGGGCCCUCAGCCGUCACCAGUUAGAGGCCGCCUCAGGGUGAAGAGACCAUCAGACUCAACCAGAAUCCAUGAUGGUCCCUGGCCCUGCCUGGCCCCUCCUCAGAGACAGUCCCUUUCCUCCGUGUACACUGCAGGGGAGAGACAGGGACCCCUGAGAGGCUGGGGGCUUGGCGCCCCGGCCCAGCCCACUCCCUUGGCCUCCUUCACCUCUGGUCCCUCCGGAAGCGUAGACAUGAGAGAUAUGAGAGCCCUUCCCCGUGCCUCCCGCCAGCACCCCUGCACUCCCGGCACACAGGCGUAUCGCUUUCAGACUUCCCCUCCCCACUUCCUCCCACCCCCUUCCAGAGCCUCUGCUCCAGACCAGGCCUUGGGCCCUGGGAAGGCAGGGCUCUGGGGUUUCGUGAUAGGUGGGGACUUCAACCAUAGCACCAAAGAUGACAGGCGUGGCCAGCCUUUCCCCGCAUCAGGACUGGCUCCUAACUGAGGGGGUCGCUCCCUCCCAGCCCGGCGGGAGGGCCCAGGCCCCAGCGCCAACUUCCUCCCCUGGCUGGUGCUUGCCGCGGCCCCCUGUGCCUUACCUCACCACCCCUUCUUCCCUCGCCCCAGGAAGGAGGCUGCCUCUUUGUAUGUUAUGUUCAUAUAAACUUUGUAACUUUUUGGA